GCGGGGCGCGCGAGCUGCUGGAGCGGCCAGAUGGUGGCUGCUCCCGGCGGCUGCUUGGGGCGACAGGCCCGGGCCCCUCUCCCCCAGCCUGUCGUUGCGCGACUGGUUCGAGCAGAUCGACGAAGCCUUGGCCCAGACCCGGAGUGGGUCAAGCCCGACCACCGGGAGCCCCUCAUCGCCUGGGUGCAGACCUGGUACCAGACCGAGCUGGCCCGGCGGCGCUCCGGAGGUGCCCAGAGUCCUGCCACAGCUCACCCGCCUGCUCGCGAUACCCCCAUGGCCCAGUCCACUUCCGCUCCCCGGCGCUCCAGCACGUCAAGGCGAAGCUCACGUACGCGACCACCAUCGACGUCGGAGUCCCGGAGGAGCAGCUCCAGAGCCCACUGGCGCGGCUCACCUUCGUCGACAUCCGAGUCAUGCACUUGAGCGCUUGGACCACUUGAGCCGCACUCGCAGCAUGAUGGGUCUCUCCCGGACGUCUGCUGAACCGCUCGCCCCUCCCCUCCCUCCGCCUUCUCCCCCACCCCAGCGCCGCGCACACCGUUUUCCUGCCAGAUGACCACCCUCUUCCUUCUUCAAGCUCUGCGUAGCCCGUGACUUCCUCUUGGUUUUGCUGCUUUCCCGCGCUGGCUGCCCCAGUGGGAGCACGGGAGGCAACAUGCCACGCUGCCCGCUGACCCCUGGCUGGCGCCAGCGACCGCAGCCGCGAGGGGCCAGCUUCUCCUGCUCCUGCCCUCGCCCCUCCCGACGAGGUCUGCUCCGCAGGCCGCCCCCCCCCUCAGUUUUUGCCGUGUGAGCUUGGCCGCGGGUGUCGAUCCGCGCCCUCGCGCCUGCCGGGCGUGCCGCCUCGAAGCCGACGUGGCGGUGCCGCCCCGAUCUCUCAAGCAGUGGCGAAGCUUCCUGGCGUGCCUAUGAGCUAGGAAAUUGUGCGACAGGGGUGAGGGCGGCUCGUUUUCAACUGCCUGUUCUCGCUUUGUUGGCUUGCGAGUUCACACCCGGAGGUCUAGGUUUGCAGCCGCUGCGCGAUUGCAGGGCGGCCCGUCUUCGAGACGGAGCCAGUGCUGGACACCUUUCCGGUUGCAUGCUCGUCCUUGUUUGCAGCUCUUGCGGCCAGGCGGUUGCAGGGCGGACCUUGUUCAAACCUGGGCCCACGCUCGAGUGGUUGGCACACGUGACGCUCGUUUUUCGGGGGAUGCUCCUCGCAGUGAAGAGCAAAGUCUGCGGGUCUCGUGAUCUGGGCAGGUAGGGCAGGAGGGCGUGCUGCACGGGUGGUGGGCGGGCGGUUGUCAAAAGCAUGGUUGUGCAAUCUGACUCUGCAUCCUGUCUUGUCCUGCCCCUGCGCCUUGAUUCGUGUCCCAAUUUUUGAGCCGCAUGGCGCUGACGGCGUGGUCACUCGACAGAGUCACCGCAGCACAAUUUCUUGUCCAGAGCCCUGCAGUUGGAACAUACGUCGUGUUUCAUCGAAUCUUUCCAAGAGCGAUCAAGUUUAAGGAGCUUUCUUCUCCACCUGUUUCGGCCACCCUGGGCCAGGAACGCUCACAAGCGUGCACACACACACACACACACAC